AUGUAAAAGAGAAAGUCUCAUAAUAAACUUCCAUCUGAGAUCAUCCAAUCUAAUAACUGCUUUAUUAUGCCUAAGUCAAUUAGGUAUUUACCUAUUUUCUUCAUAUUUUAGAACAACAUAGACUUCAUCAAAAAAUAUUUAAAUUUAAAAGUUUGCUUCUUCUAAUAAUAUUGAUGAUUCUGAUUAAAUAUAUCAUUCAGAAAUCAUAAUGAAUCACCGUUAAUCACUUAAUUUAUAUAAAUCUAAUUUGGAUUUGUAAUCUGCACUUCACUAUUCUGAUGUAAAUUAAGCACAACUUUAAAGAAUUAACUAAUAAAUAUUAUAAAAUAACAUUGAUCUUUAAUCAAUGUAUAAUAAAUCAGAAUAAGAAAAUAAAUAAUUAUAAAAUGAGCUAAUAAAUUUAAAAAAUAGAAUAUCAUUAAAAGAAACAGAAUUUAAGAAAACUGUUGAAAAUAAUGCAUAAUAUAUGAAAGAAAUAGCUUAAUUGAAAAUUUAAAUGUAAAAGGUAUGACCAAUUUUGAUUUUAGUUAAAUUAAACUAUAAAUAAGUUAUCUGAAGAGAAUACAUAAUUAAAAGAGAAAUUAGAAAUAAGUUAAAACUUUAGUAAUUCUAUAUCUUAGAUAUAAGGCCUAUCAAGUAGAAGAGAAUUCAAUUAAUAAAAUGAUUGUAAUUUAAGUGGAUCAAUUAUAUCUCAAAAUUCAAAAAUUAAAAAUAAUAGUUUUUCAAUUACAAAGAAUAAUAUAUCUGAUUAUUAAACUUAAAUAAUCUCAUAUUAAAAUUAAGUAACUGAAAAGAAUUAAUUAAUACUUGGUUUAUAAUCAUAAGUCAGAAAUUUAACAGAAGUUUAAAGACAAUUAAUGUCUCCAAAAAAGAAAUAUGUUAAAGAUUCAUAAUAUUUUCAUUUAAAUAGUCCUCCACAAACACCAAUUGAAAACUUUAAUAUAUAAAAUGAUAGUAAUAUUGUAAGUAAUAUAAAACUAAUAAAUUUGAUUAAUGAUUAAAAAAAUUAAGAUUCAACAAUUCAUAAAACAAGAUAAUCAGAUGAAAUUGAUGUAAAUUUUUUAAUUAAAUUAGGUUGGACCAAGUAUAAAGUCAUAAAUAACUAAUUAAAAAUCUAAAUAAGAGUUAUCUUAAAUUUAUUAAAAAAUUAAUUAAUCAACUAUUUAUACAGCAGGUCUGUAUUCUAGUUUAUUAGAUUAUCAAUAUUUAUCAAAUGUAUUAAAAAUAAUUAUAAAUUUUAGAAUAAAUUACUUAGUGGAUUAAGUUCAAAGGAUUUUAUUUAACAUUGA